AUGGAUCGUGUUUGCUGGAUUAUGGCUCUUUCCUGGUUCUGGAUGGUGUCGACUGGACUCGUCUCGGCUGAGGAAGAGGUCCUGAUGAACACCAAGCUGGAAACAUCAGACCUGAGAUGGACCAUCUACCCCAGCGGUGACCCCGAGUGGGAGGAGAUGAGCGGUCUGGAUGAAGAGGGCAACAGCGUCCGCACCUUCCAGGUUUGCCCGAUGGACAGUUCUGUGAGCCACUGGCUGCGCACACGCUUUAUCCCCCGCCACGGCGCGUCUCAGGUGUACGUGGAGAUCCGCUUCACCAUGAUGGAAUGUUCCGCCAUGCCGGCCAGCUUCCGCACCUGCAAGGAGACCUUUAACCUUUACUACUAUCAGAGCGACGAGGACACGGCCAGCGCCACACACCCCGCCUGGAUGGAGAACCCCUACAGCAAGGUGGACACAGUUGCUGCUGACUUCCUGUUGCGUCGCGGCGGAGAGAGGAAGUCCAAUGUGAAGACGGUGCGUGUGGGUCCGCUGUCGAAGAAAGGCUUCUACCUGGCGUUUCAGACUCAGGGCGCGUGCAUGGCUCUGCUGUCCGUCAGGGUUUUCUUCAAGAAGUGUCCUGCCGUCUCCCGCGCCUUCUCCUCCUUCCCGGAGACGCUCCCUCACUCGCUGGUGCAGCAGGCGGAGGGUGUGUGCGUGGAUAACUCCGCCCCCACUGGACAGAGCACAGCUCCACCCACUAUGUUCUGCGGGGAGGACGGUCAGUGGGUGGGGCCUCCGUCGUCUACAUGUGCUUGUAAACCAGGAUACGAACCUGUCGACUCCGACCGCUGCAGGGCGUGUGGAUUGGGCCAGUAUAAAGCAUCUGUCGGAGGGAGCUUGUGUCGUGUGUGUCCAGACAACAGUAACACACACUUCGCUGGAUCCAGUCUGUGUGUGUGUCGUCCAGGAUACCACCGAGCCACCAGUGACCUUCCGGACUCAGCCUGCACCAAACCGCCAUCGGCUCCGCGCAGCAUCAUCUAUCAGAUCAAUGAUACGGUGGUCACCCUGGAGUGGUCGGAGCCGCUAGAUCGCGGUGGACGUUCUGAUCUCUCCUACAGCGUGGAGUGUAUGCACUGCAGAGGCUCCCUAUGCGUCCAGUGUGCAGACAGCAUCACCUAUAGGCCGGGUCAGAUGGGCGUGCCCGGGAGGCGUGUCAUCAUCCGUGGACUCCUCCCACACACCACCUACACCUUCACUGUGCUGGCCCAGAACGGCGUCAGCGCUGUCAGUCACACAAGCCCCGCCUCCAGCUCCGUCAACAUCACUACCAGCAGAGAUGUGGCUGUCCCUGUGUCUGGUAUCAGGAGGAUUAAAGCAUCUGAGAGCAGCGUGUCCAUCAGCUGGACGGUUCCUCCACAAACGCAGCACAGCAUUCAGGAUUAUCAGCUGCGCUACAGUCUGAAGGGUCAGGAUGAUGGAUGGCAGUACGUCAGCAGCAGGAGCAGCUCAGUGGUUCUGAAUGAUCUGAGUCGAGCGUCGCAGUAUCAGGUGCAGGUCAGAGCCAGAACCGCUGCGGGAUACGGACACUUCAGCAGCGCCGUCAGCAUCAGCACGCUACCUGAUGAUGAAGAGUCUCCGUCGCGGCUGAUGCUCACUGGUGUCCUGGUUGCUAUAGGACUGCUCAUCCUCAUCGCCGUGGUGAUUGUUGCCGUGUUCUGCUUCAGACGCUCGACUCGGAGGAGGGAUCCAGACCCGGAUAAGAGCGGCCAGUUCCUGAUGGGUCAGGGGAUUAAAGUGUACAUUGAUCCGUUCACGUACGAGGAUCCGAAUGAGGCUGUGCGGGAAUUCGCUAAAGAGAUCGACGUGUCGUUUGUGAAGAUCGAGGAGGUCAUCGGUGCUGGUGAGUUUGGUGAGGUGUGUCGCGGCCGGCUCAAGGUUCCCGGGAAGAAAGAGAACUACGUGGCCAUCAAGACGCUGAAGGGCGGAUACACGGACAAGCAGAGGCGUGACUUCCUGUCUGAGGCGUCAAUCAUGGGUCAGUUCCAGCACCCCAACAUCAUUCAUCUGGAGGGAGUGAUCACAGCUUCCUGUCCCGUCAUGAUUCUGACCGAGUACAUGGAGAACGGAGCACUCGACUCCUUCCUGCGGCUGAAUGAUGGUCAGUUCACUCCUAUCCAGCUGGUGGGGAUGCUGCGUGGAAUCGCGUCUGGAAUGAAGUAUCUGUCUGAGAUGAGCUUCGUUCAUCGUGAUCUGGCGGCGAGGAACAUCCUGGUCAACAGUAACCUGGUGUGCAAAGUGUCCGACUUCGGCCUGUCCCGAUUCCUGACGGAGAACUCGUCUGAUCCCACCUACACCAGCUCACUGGGCGGGAAGAUCCCGAUCCGCUGGACGGCUCCUGAAGCCAUCGCCUUCCGCAAGUUCACCUCAGCGUCAGACGUCUGGAGCUACGGCAUCGUCAUGUGGGAGGUGAUGUCAUUCGGAGAGAGGCCGUACUGGGACAUGAGCAACCAGGACGUGAUAAACGCCAUCGAGCAGGACUACCGCCUGCCGCCUCCCCCAGAAUGCCCUGCGUCUCUCCAUCAGCUGAUGCUGGACUGCUGGCAGAAGGAGAGAUCGUCCCGGCCGCGCUUCUGCGCCAUCGUCUCUGCCCUCGACAGACUGAUCCGCAACCCUGCCUCACUCAAGAUCACCGGACGCAUCCCUGAUGGGCCGUCUCACCCUCUCCUGGACCAGCGUGCUCCUCCUCCGCUCUCUCACUGCAGCUCAGUUGCUGAUUGGCUGAGAGCCAUAAAGAUGGAGCGAUACGAGGACGCGUUCAUGCAGGCCGGAUUCACAGCCAUCCAACACAUCACACACAUCUCCACUGAGGAUCUUCUGCGGAUCGGCGUGACUUUAGCGGGACACCAGAAGAAGAUUCUGUCCAGCGUCCAAACACUGCGCAUCCACGGCGGAUCCCUGCGAUACUGA